AUGCCAGGAGCGAGCAAGACGAAGAAGAUAGCUAUCAGGAAAACCCGCGACGUACCCGGCCCAGAGCCCAGUCGGACAGCAGGGAUAAUGAAUAAGGCUUCGCUCGACAGAAAGCGUGCGAUGGCGGCCUUGCCGACGAGUAUGCACAAGGCUCCGACCGAUAAAGUAAAGGCAGAAAUUGGCUGGAGACGCAGUGGCCAAGCAGAGACUAAGGGGGCAGCCCUCAAAGGAGUAGAUGUGGGGGAGGCAUUGGGGGAAGUGCGGAUAAUUCCACUGCCCCAUGGUGUGUCUGGUGAUGAUGCCGAAAUAUUGCUGUUGGUCAAAGAACCUCGCAUGAAUUGGCUGAAUGUAUUCAAGCACCGUCGCCUGGGUCCCGAGGAUUGUCUUGCCGCAACCACAACCACAACCACGACCGACGGGCAUUUCAGUGUGUUCGAUAAGACCAAGUUGAAAGGAGCCAAGGAAAAGGUAAAGGGCGCUAAAAUCGUUGUCUUUGACCCCCGGGUUCCUGAGCUGGUCGCUUUUGUCUCCAAGUACUGCUCCCGAAUGCUCCAGUUCACCCAUCAGCAUGACACAAGGCCAGCCGAUCUCGACCCAUUCCUCCAGGCCUUUCGAAAGCAGACGUGUGUCCGAAUCGGGGGGCGUGGGUCAAGCAACUCGGUAACUCAUGCCACUAUUGGCAACGUCUGCAUGACGUCGAGUCAAAUCCAGGACAAUGCGCGAGCGCUCGUCAAACAACUGGAAGCAUCUCCCGAUAUCACGAUUCAGUUUGUCAUCGUCGAGACAGCAAGCGGCGAAAGGAAUGUCGUGUAUGACUGCACCUGA